CGUCUGAAUGUGUGUGUGCUUGUGUUAGAUAUUAAUUUGUGUUCAUAAUCAAUAAAGUCUCAUAUUUUUUCUCUAUAGUUUGGAUAUUCAUAUCCAUUACAGAGCUGAGCUGGAUUUCCCGAACCUUCUUAACUCUGAAAUUAAACCUUAAGCUGUACCUGUACCUUCUGUAAUUGAUUCGUUUGUAAGGUUGGUCUGGACCACUCUUAGCUAUACCUUAUCACUGUUGACAGUCUAUACGAAUAUAAUUCUGAUGUUGUAAUACACCCAGUGUUCAAUUAGGAUAAUGACCUGACAGAAAUAGCAAAAAGCUCAGAAAAAAAUUCAGAGGAUGAGAGUGACCAUUUUGAGUUGACAUCAUUGUAGUCCUUAUUUAUAGCUCAGUGGUUAGAGCGUGGCACUAGCAAUGCCAAGGUCAUGGGUUCGAUCCCAGGGAUUGCACAUACUCAGAUACAAAUGUAUAGUAUAGUAAGCACUGUAAGUCACUUUAGAUAAAAGCAUCUGCCAAAUGCAUAAAUGUAAAUGUAGGUGAAUGGUUUGAAAAUAAUUAACUGUGCUAUAAUCAUAGAUGGACCUAACCAAUAAGUGAAGUGGCCACUUAGGGCCUCAGGAAAUCAGGGGGCCCCAUCUGAUUUGGCAAAACAUAUUUAGAAAAUGCUCCAGGGCAGAUUUGUGUUUGCACUCUGAAAACUGUCAAAGUGGCACACCACAAUGGCUGAUCAGAGUUUAUCAGAAUCCACUCACAGUGUGAUGAUAUAAUAAAUACAGUAUAAAUACUGGUUUGAUGUUUUAUGAAAAGAAAUUUGUUUCAGCUUUGUUAACAUCACUACAGUCAAAGGUUUUGUCAAGCUCUAGAUUAUAAAUGCUACCAAAUAAGCAUUACUGUUGCCAUUUGUUUUAUUCUUUACACAGGCUACAGUGUUGUAAUCUCACUGCUCAGUCCUGUGAAAGUUUAUCUUCAGCUCUACAAUCCUCAAACUCUGUCUUGAGAGAGCUGGACCUGAGUAACAAUGACCUGCAGGAUUCUGGAGUGAAGCUUCUUUCUGAUGGACUGAAGAGUCCAAACUGUCAGCUGGAGAUAAUGAGAUUUCCAACAUGUAAUCUCACUGCUCAGUGUUGUGAGAGUUUGUCUUCAGCUCUACAAUCCUCAAACUCUGUCCUGAGAGAGCUGGACCUGAGUAACAAUGAGCUGCAGGAUUCUGGAGUAAAGCUUCUUUCUGAUGGACUGAAGAGUCUAAACUGUCAGCUGGAGAUAAUGAGAUUGUCUGGCUGUAUGGUGACAGAGGAAGGCUGUGGUUAUGUGUCUUCUGCUCUGAGUUCAAACCCCUCACACCUGAGAGAGCUGGAUCUGAGCUACAAUCACCCAGGAAAUUCAGGAGUGAAGCUGCUCACUGAUAAACUCAACAAUCCAAACUACAGACUGGAUAAACUUAAUGUGGAUCAUGGAGGGGAGAUCAGGAUUACAGCAGGAGUACGCAAAUAUUAUCAUCAGCUCACUCUGGAUCUGAACACAGUGAAUAAACGCCUCCGUCUGUCUGAGAAUAACAGAGUGAUUACUAACACUGGCCCAUGUCAGUCGUAUCCUGAUCAUCCAGACAGAUUUGAUCAUCUGUUUCAGGUGUUGUGUAGAGAGAGUGUGUGUGGACGCUGUUACUGGGAGAUUGAGUGGAGUGGGAAUGUGGAUAUAUCAGUGUCAUAUAAGAGCAUCAGCAGGAAGGGAUCGGGUAAUGAGUGUUGGUUUGGAUCUAAUGAUCAGUCCUGGAGUUUGUUCUGCUCUUCCUCCAGUUACUCAUUCACACACAAUAACAAACAUGCUAAACUCCCUGUAAAGCCCAUCAGCAGCAGAACAGUGAAUUGGAAGAAUCACUAUAGAGUAGGAGUGUAUGUGGAUCACAGUGCAGGAACUCUGUCCUUCUACAGCAUCUCUGGAGACACAAUGAGCCUCAUCCACACAGUCCAGACCACUUUCACUCAACCGCUCUAUCCUGGGUUUUAUGCUGAUUCUGGAUCAGUGAAACUGUGUUGAUGAAUCAGACUGUAGAGAUUCUACACAUUAUGCUUUGAGCUCAUGAUGAAUCAGUAACAGUGAGAUGUUAUAGAGUCUCUUAUUUUCUCUUCAUUACAUUAUAGUUUUUUUCAGGUGCUAACAAGCGUUGUUCAAUACCGAAACCACAUUUUCAAACCUCUUCACACAGUCAGCGAAACAGAAGUCAAUGUAGACCAAACCGUGAACUGUUUUUCAUUGCUUUCAGACAAAAUGCAUUCAGUGACCACACUUUUCAAAAUUCAGGAACUCUUUUCCCAUUCGUACUCCACAACAUGCAAAAUACUAUGUAUUUUCAGCACAUUUUUCUAAUGCUAACACUGCAUUCAAAAUGAUUAAAAACACAUUCAAAACAGAAUGAUGGCAAAUUCCAAGCAUUUAUGCAGUAAUUAUUUUAAAAUAUUCUCCAUUUUAAUAGCCAAAAAUUAAAACAAUUAGACAUUCCAGGAGGUACUUUCCAAGAUGCAUUGCCAGAGACGACAUCAGAUGUGAUGUUGAUGAGAACGUCUAGGUUACUAGUGUAACCCCCGUUCCCAGAA